AUGAAGGCCUGGCAAACCAACUAUUACUACCUGCGUGCCUGCGGGCGGCGAUCAUCAUCAAACGCCUGGAGUGUCGCCCAACGACCAUCCUCACUAAGAGUCAGGGGGGGAUAUCAACAUCGAGCAAACUAUGCAACUAAUCCGCAACACCCCCCGAGGCAGCAGUCGACCACGUUGCCCAUCCUGGGGACGAUUGUCGCUACUGCGGCUGUCACGCUCCUUGCGUCUGAGGCUUGGCGCGGAAGGACGGCCAACAGACCCGAAGAUGCUAUUAGAGAUGUGCAGUCCGGAUCAAAAUAUGCGGAUGUUCCGACGAUGCUUCGGGCCGUCGAGGAGAUUAAGACAAUUAUCAGACCCGAUAAUGUAAGCGUGGACGCCGACGACAUUGAACUUCACGGAUACUCCGAAUGGUCCACGUCCAACACCACCGCACGACCAAUUGCAGUCCUUAGUCCAGCCACCACGGAGGAAGUAUCCGCGAUCGCUAAAAUAUGCACCAAGUACAAGGUUCCUAUGGUGCCGUUCGGCGCCGGAUCAAGCGUCGAAGGGAACUUCGCUGCUCCCCACUCGGGUGUUUGUAUCGACCUGUCACGGAUGAACAAAGUCAUUGAGCUGUACGAUCAGGACAUGAAUGUGACGGUUCAAGCAGGUGUGCGAUGGACCGAUCUAAACGAGGAGAUCAAGUCUACUGGGCUGUUCCUACCCAUGGACCCCAGCCCUACUGCGUAUGUGGGAGGAAUGGUCGCGACCAAUUGCAGUGGCACGAAUGCUAUGCGCUACGGGACGAUGAAGGACUGGGUGGUUAAUCUCACUGUCGUGCUUCCGGAUGGUACAGUGAUCAAGACGAAACGGCGACCGCGCAAGUCUUCUGCUGGGUAUAAUCUGAAUGCACUCUUUACUGGAUCCGAAGGGACACUGGGGAUCAUCACGGAGGCUACGCUCAAACUUGCGAUCAUUCCUGAGGACAGUAGUGUUGGGAUUGCCACAUUUCCCACGUUCGGUGACGCAACGGCCGCAGCAUCGAAGUUGAUCCGUGAUGGGGUUCCCCUCGCUGCGUUGGAAUUCAUGGACGACGUGCAGAUGAAGAUCAUCAACCAGAACGGUGGUGCAGGUGGAAGAUUCUGGUCCGAAGCGCCGACACUCUUCUUGAAGUUCACCGGAUCCCGCCCCGCGAUUGACGACAGCGUCCAACGCACCAAAUCCAUCCUAACCAACAACAAGGGCAAUGAGCUAGUGUUCGCAAAGUCCCGAGAGGAAGGUGAUAACUUGUGGUCUGCGAGGAAGCAGUCCCUCUGGGCCAUGCUGGCUGUGAGACCCGAAGGAACCGAAAUCUGGUCUACGGAUGUGGCUGUACCGAUCUCGCGACUGGCUGAGAUCGUUGAGCUAUCAAAAGCCGAGUCCAGUGAUCUGGGCCUGUUCUCCACGGUUCUAGGACAUGUCGGAGACGGCAACUUCCACCAAGCCGUGAUGUACAAUCCCCAGAGUCCCGAGCAAUAUCAGGCUGUCAAGGCGUGUGUCUCGAGAAUGAUGAAACGGGCGCUUGAAAUGGAGGGAACGAUUUCUGGCGAACAUGGCAUCGGAUUAGGAAAGAAGGCCUAUCUCGAGGAGGAACUCGGUACACCGACGAUGCAACUAAUGAGAGGACUGAAACGCAGCGUUGAUCCUCACUGGCUCAUGAACCCCGGAAAGGUCUUUGACGAGCACUAUGAAGGAUAG